AAGUUGGUUGAUGCGAGAAUGAUCUGGAGAGGAGCAGAAGAAAUAUCUCUUCCCUCCACAUGUUCUUCGUCUUUCUAUAAAUCAAGAAAUGUCUUUAGAUUUUUCACUAUCCAUAGAAGAAAAAAAAAAGCUGCAAUCAAAGAAGAUAUCUUCAUUUUUGAUUUGGGAAGAGAGUAAGAGCGAGAGACGGAGGAGACAUCAUCAGAAUUUGUGGAAGUUUUUUCGUGUAUUCUUUGUACCAGAAUUUUUUUUUGUUAAUUGAAGUUGAUCGGAAAUGAUGCCUGUGUACAUGGACUCAUCACAACCAUGUCAAAUGAGACCACAGGGAUACUAUUAUCAAGGGUUUGGGAAUAACUCUCAGCAUAUGUCAAUGGAUGCUCCAUCACCUUGUCAUGGAAGCUACGUUCAGGGCCAUUUUCCUGCGUACAACGCUCACUGGCCUCCUUUUUAUCCUUUACAAGUACCGCACCAUCAAUGCUGCAUGAGCCAUUCCGGGUUCUAUCCUAACCCUCCUCACGGGCCCUACGUUCCUCCUUGUUACGCUCAUCCAGCAUUUCCAGUUGGUUAUCAACCUUUGUAUGAUUCUGACAAGGAUGUGCCUGGGAAGCCAGUUGGUUUUCACUGUGGGAAAUGUUCAUCUUCUCCCCAAAAGAAUGGCAGAGGCGUUGUGAUCGAAGAGCAUGAGCCCGAGAUUGAGAAAGGAGACCAAGGAGAAGUUGUACUUCCAGUUCGCUCAACCAACUGCCCUUACCCUAUUAUAUGGAUUCCUCAUGAGAAUUAUCAGGAGCAUAGAAGCUCUCCUGGUUCAGGGAACCAUAACCAGCCUCCUUCUCAAGUUAAUGCUCCUGAGAAGAUGAUGAUGCAGAAAAACUUUCCAAAGUCUUGGAAUAGUUGUUCACCAUUUGACAAUAGCGCUAUGAAGUCCUUGAUACAGAGUCAAGAUGGGAAAAAGGUGACGCAAAAUGGGAAAAGCGUAGAACUCCCUAUCAGCAAGUUGAGAUCCUUAUUGGAGGGUCAUGACAUGAAGGAGGCGCAGAUCCAGAAGAACAAGGAAAAGCCGGGACAGCUUCAGUAUCCUACUUCUUGGAUUCCAUCUCAUGAGAUAUUGGAUGAUGUUGAUGCUUCUGAGAGGAGUAAUGAAGACAGGGAAAAGAUGCAGAAUGGGAAAACUGUGGAAUGCCCAUUUGAUAUAAACAAGUUGAAUUCCUUAUUGCAGGGUCAAGAUGUGAAGGAAACGCAGACUCAGAAGAAUAAAGAAGAGCCUGGACAGCUUCCUUAUCCUAUUUUUUGGAUACCAUCUUAUGGGAAAUGGGAAGAUGUUGAAGCUUCUGAGAGUAAGGAGAGUGGUAAUAAAGAGCGUAACAUGGAGUCUUGCGCCUCUGAUCACCAUGGAAAUGAAGGUCAGAUAAACCAAAAAGAAAGCAAAGAAGGGAACUGUGAGAGCAAUGUUCUCUCAGAUGCGGAGGAGAAAAGUUUUGUAAGAGAUAUCCCAGUGCAGAACCAUCUACAGGAACCAAGAAAUAUUCCCGUGAAACUAUCAGAAAACCAGCUGCCAAAACCAGCGGAGCCAAUCAAAAAGAUUGCGAAUAAUGAGCCAGUUAAGAACACAGAAAAAGAGAAGUCUUCGUCGCCCUCAAAAGCAUCCACGCUGCCACCGGUUUGUCUACGCGUUGAUCCGUUGCCGAAGAAAAGAAAUGGUGGUUCCAAGUCACUAAGUCCUCCUAAACGGAAGGAACAAUCUAUAGCGUCAGAGGAGACUAAGGUCAUGCGCUCACUUUGCUCCAAGAAGGCUGAAUCAAGGACUGCUCCUGAAGCUUGUAGUGUGAAAUGUGAAGAGGUAAAGAAAGAAACGAAGAUGUCUGAGGGAAACUUACAUGCAAUAGGAACAGAACAAGAAUCAGUUGAGAGCAAUCCUAUUUUGCAAGAAAGAUCAAAUUGUGAGAUUGUUAAACCUUGUGAAACUAAAGAAAAUAGAGAACAACCUGCAAAGAAGACCUUAACGGAAGACGAAGCUGCUAGAAUUAUCCAAUCUAGGUACCGCGGAUAUGAUGUGAGAAGAUGGGAGCCAACUAAGAAAUUGAAGGAGAUAGCCACUAUCCGCGAGCAGAUGGGUGAUGUUAAAAAUCGUAUUCAGGCGCUAGAAGUUUCUACUGAUCAACACAUUGAAGAGAAGGAGAUUGUCAUUCUAGGAGAAAUGGUGAUGAACCUUCUAUUAAAAGUGGAUGCUGUCCAGGGCUUGCAUCCCAGUAUAAGACACUACAGAAAAUCUUUGGCCAGAGAGCUCUCCAGCAUUCAAGAGAAGCUUGACUCCGUGAAAUAUAGCAGCGCCGCCAUUGCAGAGAAAGAGGUUGUAAAUGAACAAUUUGUAAUUAACUCUCAGCCGUGUGAAUCUCCAGAGAACUUGGAGCACUCCCAGCUCGCAGAAGAGAACAAAAUGGUAUCUGACUCGAAUACAAAGAAGGUUCUUGUCCUGUCCUGCAAUGAUCUUAUGAGCGACUUGAAUAGAACAGAUGAGCAACCGAAUGCUGACGCAGAAGAGGGAACUGGAUUGUUUGAAACCUUGGGAACGGAUCCUGAGCAAACUACUGAAAAUGAGGUGGUUGCUUCCUCGACAAACAUUCCAUUGAAAAUUGGAGAGGGCGAGACUUUUGUGUCUAAGCCAUCGUUAGCUGAUGGGAACGGAAUGACAGUGACCAAAAUCGAGGAAAACAAACCCGUGGUGGAGAGUUUAGAAGAGCCACUGAAUGAAUUGCGACAAGUGGUGGAAGAGACUCAUGGAACAAGCUCUACACAGGACCCGGAUAACGCUACCGAAGUCUCUGAUGCCUCCCAGGCCGACGCAUCAGAGAAAGAAGACACAAAGGAAGAUGAUGAUACAGUAUUGCCUUCAGGAAAAGAUGUCGAGGUCUCAGAGCUACCUGCUAGAGUGACUGACGAUGAAACGCAGAUUCUUUCACAAGAUUCAUCAUCAUAUGCUCAUGAAGGGCAAGUGACUGCAAUGGAACCUGAAAUAGUGAGAAAGGAGGAGACUGACGUUUACCACUUGCUCGAUAACUACAAAGGCAUAGGCCAAGAGAGUUCUGAGCUACAAGAUGAAAAACAACAGUCUCGAGAGACAGAAGUCACUGUGAGAGAGCAGACUCAAGGGACAGAACAGUUUGGAGAGACAGGAGUCGUUGUGAGAGAACAGCCUGCAGAGACAGGAGUCGUUGUAAAAGAGCAGCCUCUACAGACAGGAGGCGUUAAAGAAGAGCCUCCGGAAACAGAAGCCACUGAACCUGAGAUAUCAGAAGAAACCAAAAGGCUGAUGGAGGAGAACCAGCGAUUCAAGGAAACGAUGGAGACGUUGGUUAAGGCAGGCAGAGAACAACUUGAAGUCAUAUCGAAAUUAACCGGUCGGGUCAGAAGCCUUGAGAAGAAACUGUCACGUAAAAAGAGGACACAGAUUCGACGUCGUGCAACUAAACCAAUAUCCUCAAGUUCGAUCGAUGCCGUAUUAUAACCACCAGAAACCUUGAUAUGUCUUGAUUCUUUUCAUUGUAUCCAACUCCAUCAGAGAAAGUAUCAAAAACGUAGAAAAAAAUUGCCUGACGAGAAUCUAUCUCUAUGUUUGACAAAUAUGAAAUAUCUUAGCCAAUUUUCUUUUUUAAAACAUCAA